AUAUAACCAGAAACUCAUUCUAGACAGUUUAUUUUAUAUUAUUUUUUCUCUUCUCUAUAGUGAAUUGUGUUUUGUUCAAAUUAAUCCAAUCCAAGCCAGUUUAAGUGGGUCAGAUUUUUUGUACUCAUUAAGAUGUUGAAUGUGUGAUAUAUGGGUCUGUGUCAGUUACUGACAAGUUCUCUCUGUUUAUAUGGAUUAUGUAAUGACAAUCAUGCAAUAAGCCUGGCAUAAAUUAUUCCUUUUAACCUUUUUCUGUUUCCUCCAAAUUUUCAGCUCCAAUAUGACCAAUAUGAAAUAAGGAUUUUUCAAUUUUCUUUCUUGGUUGUGCUUUCCUUUUCUCUCUUCUUAUCUCCUUCCAAUAAUAAUAGUAGUAAUAAAAGUUUGCCUUUUUAACCAUUUGAAUUGGAUUUCUCUUUUGGCUUUUAUAUUGAACCUAGAAGAAAACUCAGCUAAAAUUUCCUCCAAAUUUGCUGGCUUUCCAAUUUUGGAUUUUCUAUACAAAUUGCUAUUUAUUUGUUUUUUAUUAAUUUUUGGGCAUAAAAUGCCAAAUGCUACCAUCAGUUACAGACUUGCAGUCAUUUUCUUUUCUGGGUUGUUGAGUUUUUUAGUACGAUUCAUUUGUUCCUGUCCAAGCUGUACACCAUUAUUACUCCAAUAUUAUUGAGAAAAUCGUAUUUACUUUCUGGGUUGUGUUUUCUGAUAAAUUUCUUUUCUUGAUUCUUAAAAUUUCAUCUUUAGUUGGUCCUUAAUUUGCUUACCUUUUUUUUUUGGAUUGUUGGGUUGGACUCUAUAGUUAAUGCAUUUUCUUGACGAAAAACCAGAUGGUGUUUGUUCUGUCUUUUGUCGCUUUUCAAUAAAUUUUUAAUCGGCAUUAUUAGUUCCAUAAACCAAAACAUCCUCCAAUCUCAGUCUUGUGCAUUCUUUUUCUCUUUCUUUUGAACUUGAUAAGAUUAAACUCUUUCUGGUAACAAAUUGUCAUCUGGGUUUAAAGUAUAAUAUUUUCUUUCCUUCUAUAAUACCCAAAGUCCAAAUCUUUGAUUCUUGGUUUCAAGUUCAACAAGGGUUAUUGACAAAAGCCAUUUCUUUCGACAGUUAUUUCAAGUUUUAUAUUAUUUAUAUGUCAAAAACUAAACUUCUACAUCUAGGCAUAUCACACUGAUGCAAAUUGAAGGUUUCUUAAGAAAUGGCAAAUCUUGUCCCCGGAGUGCUUCUCAAACUUCUGCAACACAUGAAUACAGAUGUCAGAGUUGCUGGUGAGCAUAGGUCAUCUUUGUUACAGGUAGUGAGUAUUGUACCGGCACUAGCGGGGGGUGAGCUAUUCCCUAACCAAGGGUUUUAUCUCAAGGUAUCAGAUUCAUCUCAUGCCACUUAUGUAUCUUUACCUGAUGAACAUGAUGAUCUCAUUCUUAGUGAUAAAAUCCAACUGGGUCAAUUUAUUCAUGUUGAAAGGCUUGAAUCAGCCUCACCUGUCCCUAUUCUUAGAGGUGUUAGGCCAGUCCCAGGAAGGCACCCUUGUGUAGGGAGCCCAGAAGAUAUUGUAGCUACUCGUUCGCUUGGGUUCCUCAAUAAUAAUAAUCUUGAUUCAAGUUCAGGUUCAAAACAAUUAGAGAAAGUUAAAUCACCUGUAAGAGGGAUUUCAGGCAGUAAUAGUGGAAGAGAGAAGGAAAAACCUGUGGUGGGAGUUAGACUUGAUGGUAACGCCAAUAAGGAGGAUUCAUCAGAUAAGCGAACAUCUUUUAGCAGAUCAAAGUCUCAAUUGUCUAAACCUACAUUGAAUUUGGAUUUGAGGAAGGAAGCUUUGGCAAAAUCAAAAUCAUCAAGUUCAAGGUCUAUUCCUUCCUCUCCUACAAGUUGUUAUUCAUUGCCUACUUCAUUUGAGAAAUUUUCCACUGGGAUUAAGCAUCAGGCAAAGAUUAAGGGGUCGGAGAAGGGAACAACUAAGGCAGGAGUAGCGGAAAAGGCGAAUUCUGUUCGUGGGGCAAGUCCAAGUAAGAGGGUACCAGUCAUCAAGAAUAUAGUUCAAGGGUUUGAGCUGGGGGCCAAAGCCUUAAGAAAGAGUUGGGAAGGGAAUGUGGAGGUGAAGAAUCGGGAGAAUUCAAAAUUAAGGGCAGCUAAACACGAUCCAAAGCCUGAGGCGCGGAGUAUUUCUGCUCCGAGAAAAAGCUUCUCAGGUGAGAGGUUGCCAUCUAAAGAGGACAAUAAGAGCCGACUAUCUGCCAAGUCAUCCAAAGAGGAGAACAGAAAUCCAAUAUCUACAAAGAAAGUUUCUUCAAAUGGAAAUUUGGAUGAUCAUGAGAAGUCAAAUAAGCUAAGAACAUCUGUUGGAAAGAAAUCGUCAGGAGACCUCGGUAAUAAUGGGUUUCCAGGAAACUUGGUCAAGGUUGCAGUAAAUAGUAGGAAAUUGACAGAGGGCAAUGUUACAUGGAGUUCGCUCCCCUCUUCUCUUGCUAAGCUCGGAAAGGAAGUUAUGAAGCAUAGAGAUUCUGCACAGACAGCUGCAAUAGAGGCUAUUCAAGAGGCUUCUGCUGCAGAGAGCUUACUUCAAUGUCUAAGCAUAUACUCUGAGCUAACUUCUACUGCUAAAGAAGAUAACCCACAGCCUGCUGUAGAGCAGUUCUUGACCCUCCAUGCAAGCUUGAAUAAUGCUCGCACGGUUGCUGACUCCCUGUCUAAAAUUAUUCCUGUUGGUUCAUCUCCAGAUUCUGAUGUCAGCCCAUCAGAAGAAGUGCUAAAGGUCACAUCGGAUAGACGUAAGCAUGCAGCCUCUUGGGUCCAAGCUGCAUUGGCCACCAAUUUGUCAUCCUUUUCUGUAUUUACCAAAGAAGCAACCUCAGCACCCACUACGGGGCAAAAGACUUAUAGUAACAAUCAACCCAUUUUAGUCCUUGAAAAUUCUUCUAAGAAUGCAUCAACAAAAAUGUCAGGGAAAAACCGCCCAACAGUUGUCUCCAAGCUUGUAGCAACAGGAGCUUUUCGCAAAUCAGGUGAUAGUUCUACCAUCACUCAGAAGAUGCUGCCCCAACCUCCACCUGAGUGGAUCAAAGGAGAUGGCCUUGAUGAGGCUGUCGAUUUGGCUGAAAUGUUGAGAACCCAGUCCCAGGAUUGGUUCCUGGGAUUUGUGGAGAGGUUCUUAGAUGCUGAUGUGGAUUCCUCAACUUUAUCAGAUAAUGGUCAAAUAGCAGGCAUGCUAACUCAGCUGAAGAGUGUGAAUGACUGGUUAGAUGAGAUUGGUGGGUCAAACAAGGAUGAAACGGAAACAUCCCAUGUUUCGUCGGAGACAGUCGACAGGCUAAGAAAGAAGAUUUAUGAAUAUCUUCUUACUCACGUUGAAUCUGCUGCUGCUGCAUUAGGUGGCGGAUCACAAUCAUCCCCAAGGCUUCGAAGUAUAGACAUGAAAACAAAAAGGUGAUUUUUAACUAGUUUGUGCUUGGCCAUGUGAAAUGCAACAUUAGUGAUGCAUAUACAAUAGCAACAUUCCCAUUAUAGUUGUGUCCUUAACCACCAAGUGGGCGAAGGACAUGAGGUUUUCUAAUUUAUGUACAUAAAUCCUACAUGGGUUUGAGGUAUAGAUGGGUGGUCCUUGUUAAGUUAUGAAAGAAAGCAUUUAAGUGUGAAGUGGAAGGAGUUUUUCUUCGAAAAUAUUCUCAUUGGCAUUUGUUUUCUGAAAUUAUACAUAAAUUUAAACAGUUCGAUAAGUGAAAA